GUAGUCCACAGCUGGAAGUGUGAUACGUCGGCGUCGAAAGUAAAGCACCCAACACACUCCCUCCUUCCUUCCUCCUGCACAGGAAAUUCCAUUUCCCACAUUCUGCUAAGCAGAGGAGUAAAGUGGGGUGGGGUAGUGUGAAAGAGGGAGGGGCGAGGGGGGUGGUUCCAAGCUGAAACAGAAAAAGUCCUGUUUCAUAUUACACACAAAUGGCGUAAAAAAGAAAAGAAAAGGGGAAGAGGGAUCCUGAGCUGAGGCUCUGUUCUUUGGGAAACAUUGAACUGCCUUUUAUGGAGCCUGCUGGUCUGGAAAAUGAAGAUCUCUUCAGUGGUCAUACUUCUCCUUACUAGAGUGUUCAUUGCCGAAGUGUGCCAGGCCAUCAAUGCCACCAUCACCCCGUUCCCCUUCACGGUGGCCCAGGAGGGCGAGAACAUCACCCUGACCUGCCAGGUGUCCCAGAGACGACGCUCCAGCAGCCUGCCUGUGGUUAAAUGGACCUUCCGGCCCGAGUAUUCUUCCAGCGACGAAGAGCUCCUCAUCGCCAAGGUCAACAUGAGAAAGGCCAGGUUCUAUGGGAACUAUACAAAGAGCUUCCCCUGGCCUAAGCUGAAACUGACAGUGGUCAAGCAGGGGAGGAUUUUCGACCUGCUCAUUAUGAACAUCUCAGCGGAGGACCGAGGACUCUACAUAUGCCGGGUGCAGGAGUUCAAGAGGCACCAGAGCCGAUGGAAGGCGUCAACAAACUGCACGGCCGCCACCGAGCUCCGAGUGCAUGUCCUACCAGUGACCAAGGCCAAGGAGAGUCUGUGGAGUCUGUUUGAAGACAUGUACCUGUGCGCUGCGCUGAUCUGCUCUGUGGGACUGGUGUGCAUGUGCAUGUUCACCGUGGUGGUGACCUGCCAAUAUGUCCAGAGGAAGAGGUUAAAAGACAGCUACCAUUUGGUCAAGAGCCCUCAGAACAGUUCAGGGGAGACGGUGACCAGUCUAGUCAGUGUGUCUCCUGCCCUGCCCAAAAAGCAGAGGAGGUACAGGAGGAAACGUAGCAAAGAGCAGUCCGAGAUACCACCAGAGAUACCAGCUAAAGCACCCAUUGCAGACAAAAUCCGAAAAACCAAACUUUUAAAGGCGCAGCCGAGGAAAGUGGUCUUACCGAAGAUUGCAGAGGAAAGCCUGACUUAUGCAGAGCUGGAGCUGGUCAGGCCUCUGCCGGACAACAAAGCCUCGUGCACAGGCACGGUAUAUGCCGAGAUCCUCUUUAAGGAGAGGCAAGUGUGAGAAACACACCACUAAUAUCUUUAGGCUGUAGCUCAUGUACAUGUUAUAUUUAUGAUCAGUAUUAUUGUUUCAUAUUGUGUAUUUCAGUCAACGGUGGGAAGUCGCUUUUCUUUACAAAGCCCAAAUUAGAUGAGAUACAAAUGUGUUUUCUAUUUUGAAAAUGUUGAAUUUUUAUUUUACACGAGACAUCUUAUAUUCUUCUAUUUUUUUUAUUUUUAUGUUCAACCCAAAUGCCUUAUCCCCCAAAAACAUCUGCAUGAUGUCUGUCAUGUUCCGCUAUGUAAUUACCGCAGUACUUCAGCUGCAAAGCUGGAAGGCAACAAUUAGCCACCUGCCCUCAGGAGAUAAGUUUGUGCUAUCACGCCAGCGCUUUCAACUGGUGCCAAAGUCAACGGGCUCUUGGGACACACUGUACCCAGAGCUGUGAUCAGCUUGUGAUGGAGCAAUUUAACAGGCUGCAAACUAAAGGCCUUGUUUGGUUUACCCUUGUUAAUAUAGCACCAGAGAACACCUCUCACCUGAAGAUUACAUAGCACAUCGUUAAUGAGGGUUGUUUUGUUUGUAGUUUUUAUAAGAACUACGCCAAUGACCAAAUGCCAUAUCGGUAUCUCUCAACAGCUGAGAUUUGUCUUCUGGUAUUAACUUUUCAGUGAAUAUAAGUGUGUGUAAAAAUGCUUAGUGAAUUGUUUUCGCUGUUUAAUGACCCCUUGGAUUGAACCAUGGAAAAGCGAGCAAAACACCCGGAUUUUCUUUCUCCCCCCAGUGAACUUGAAACGCCAGACAUCUAGGCACCAUAACCAUGCCCUCCCCCAUCUUUCUCUCUCUAUCAUACAUGCAGAUCUAUAUAUCUAUAAUCCCCAGAGUGGGAUUGUGCAUUGAGACGAUUCCACACGCAGGAGAAACCAAAUCCUUCCCACAUACAUUGACCACAGCGAACUCUAAAUCUAUCGAUACAAAUCUACACAAUGACUCAAAGUAAACCUCCGGGGGUGAGAGAAACUUUAGAGAACCUUUUUUAAACUGUGAAAAAAAAAUGAAAGUCUCCUCCAAACCACAUUGGACUUAAUGGGAGGCCACUGCAUGCACCACUAACUAGAACCAUGUGUGAACGCUGAACUCUGCACUUUUCCUCUGCCGUUUGUUUCAAGCAGAGAGUGCCGUCCUCCGCACUCAUCAACAUUCCGCUCCAUUCCAUUUGGAGCUCCCAUGUUGUUGUUGUUGUUUUGCAUUUGAAUUGACAUACGAGCGUUUGUGCAUGUAAUGUAUCAUGUGUGUAUCAUGUGCUGUAUAAACAUCGAGCGGAUAUGUACGGUCAGUGGUUAUUA